CACGUACAUGGUUAUUUUUAAAAACUGAGAGAUUUACCUUCGUUUGUGCCCCUCGUUUACAUGCAAACGGAGAACUCGCAUCUGAAACCGAUUGUUUCUAAAAACUCCGGCCAGAGUGGAGAUCUUGAAAAUCUUCGGUUGCACGGUUGCAUGUAAACUGAGACAAACGGAUGUUUAAGCAGGCAACGUCACAGAGUAUGCGCCAGAACUCGCACCUACGUCAAAAGUGCGACCAAUGUUUACAUGUGACUGCUACUCUGUAUGCUUCCAAGAUCACAUUUAUGUUCGUGCAAUCUCGUUUCGUGUGUUUGUAUUUGCAAAUACAGCUGCUCCAUUAUGUCGAGGAGCAGAGACGAGUGCUCGGAGAUCAGCAAUUUUACGCGUGUUUGACUUCAUGCGGCGCUGCAAGAACCGACAGACGGAUGAUGUCAAAGUACCGCGAGAGCGAUUCGAAAUUAGACCUCUACGUGUGAUUCCUCAACUCGCUCUCGCGGUACUUUGACGUCAACGAUCACCUACUGCAACAACACCUCCCUCCAAUAUGAAGAACCAGUUCGCGUCACGACCAGCGCUGCCGGUGAUUGGCUUACGUGGGCUUGAGCUUCUCUUGACGGCAUAUAUGCACGGGUACGUGUAAAUAAACACUUUUCUGAAAACUGACAUGUGUGCACGAUAUUAUUUUUGAAACCGGAGAGGUUGAAAUGUCCGUUUAUGAAAAUAGCCGUCCACGUGUAAACAUAGCCUCAAACAUUCUGGAAGGAGCCUGAUGAGUGGAAUCAGGUGUUUCAUAUAAGGAGACAUCUAAAACAUUCUGGGAGGGGGGGCCGAGGACUGGAGUUGAGAACCACUGUAGUAGGAGAAUCACAACCAUAAAUUUGCUGUUGUUGUUACUGUAUUGACCAUUGUAUCAUACAUUCAUAAAAUUAUGAAUGAAAAUCAAUCUGCCCAUUACAGCAGACUUAGUACAGUUUCACUAUAGUAACUAUUGUUAUUUUUGUAUUUUUUUGUAUUGAUUUAUUUUCCUGUAUACAUGAAUGUGUGUGUGUGAUAAAAAUAUUGCUUUUUCCUAUAGGUCAACAUGCGCAAAGUAGUGUUUUUCCCUGGAAAAGUUAAAGUUGUUCUCCGUAAGGGACCUCUAGGUUACCUCCUUCAGGAGCCAACUGAUGAGGCCAGACUGAUUAAAAGCAACCCAUCAUUGCAGGACAAGUCAGCACCCAUAAAGGAGGACCUUGUCAGACAACAUGCUCUGACUGUUGUCCGUCAGAGAGGAGGUGAUCCCACAGAGAAGAGAGAAGUUUUGGGUGAAUACAUCCUUCAAUUUGGUAAAUACAAGGGCAAGUCCUUCCGGUGGCUCCUUGAAAAUGAUAUGGGGUACACCAUUUAUCUGAUGAAGACCCUGCAGCAGGACGAGGCUGCUGGAGACUUCAGGGCAGAGGGACACAGCAAACAGAGCCUGUUGUCGUUCGUCAACUAUGCUCACAGCUUUGAAGAUAUUGAGCGUCUUUUUAGCUAUGAGUCCACAACUCCAACUGCACCAAAAGCCUCAUCAGAGGAUGACCAGUUAGUUGGUUUCGGGGCUCGUGCCAAGAGCACAUGGCAGGAGAUUUGGAAAAGCAGGGCUGAUGGAUAUGCAUCCUUUGUAAUGAGAGCAAACUGUGUCCCAGGGACACGGAUGCACAAACUGCAACAAUACCUGUGGAAGCAGCAGCAGUUGACCUGUCCGGCUCCACCAGUGCCUACAUCAAGUGCCAUAACUCAAUUCAUGGAGAUAGAUGAAGAUGUUGAUUUGGAGAGUGCUAUGCUGAGCAUCACCCCCUCCAAGCUACAGGUGGAGUCGCCACCAUCAACAUCAUCUACAGCAGCUGAACCGGGGCGGUCUAUGGAAACAGAAAAAGUGUUCUGUCCAUGUUCCGGCCUUGUUCCGUUAACAAUGUGUUUGCCGUUGCAAAUAUACUAAAUGUCUCAGGGGACUAUGAAUUGAUUUCCCCUUCAUGAACUGACACCAGCCACAAUCAGGGUAAGUACUCGAUCGCAAAUAUUACUGACAUGUUACCCUGGACCACAAAACCAGCCAUUCAUUUUUUUGUAUUAAGAUUUAUUCAACACCUGAAAGCUGUUAUGAUCGGACAAUAUUCAGUCGAGAUACAACCGUUUGAAAAUCUGAGGGUACCAAAAAAUCGAAAUAUGAGAAAAUUGGCUUUAAAGUUGUCAGAAUUAAGUUCUUAACAAUCCGUAUUACUAAUCAAAAAUUUGGUUUGUGUAUUUUGGGCUAUUUCAGCUAAUGUACCUGUGCUACUUAUGUUUUGUGGUCCAACGUCACAUAUGAUGAAAUGUAUGUCUUGUUCACAUCCCUCCUGGAGAUAUGUCUUUUUUUUGUACCACUAAGACGAGCACGUGAAGUUAGAUUAAGGUGUU